AAAAAUAAUCAGCUUUUAAGCUUUGCUUUGGUUGACCCCUGACCUCUAGGAUCCUGCUUGGUAAGAUAGCAGGCCUGCUGCUGCUUCUCUAAGUCGUUUGCUCCAAGAUGCCUCAAACAUUAAGCACUGAUUUACUGGAGAGAAACAUGCAAAUAACAAAUUGCACACUAAAAAAGUAAAUGAUCUAAACAGGACAAGAACAGAAGAUAUCUAGGCCUGUUUUAUUGUUAAAGGAUAAAUAGCCUACUGAGCCUGUGAGUUAAAGUAUUCAAAGUCCACAUUGACCAAAAACUGUUGAAUUCCACGGACUAAUGGAUGCCUUGGGGUGAUUAUCAUUCUGACGCUUAUAUAGGACUAUAGUAAAACAUUUCACAUUUCCCUACAAUUAUACUAAGGUUAUAAACAGAAAUCUCCUUGACAUAACAGCAGUCUACAUAGUCAUUGGCUGUAGGUCUUCAAGUAGGCUACUGCAACAACUAGAGUAGCCAGAGGGUUUUAAACUGUGAGAGAAUCGUUUUGUUUCCUAAACCUAAACAAGUAGUUGUGUUUACAGCGAGGGGCGGGGAUGCGCGUUGCGCUCAUAUGCAAUGAAAACAAUCAGCUACAGCAAUUUAUUGAUAAUAGAAAAUUAAAUUUUUACUUUUGAAUAAUAAUAGAAUGUAUUGAUGAUUUAAUUGAUAGAUAGGCCUACACAUACGAAUCAUAAGUCAAAACGGGAUACAUUUGGCUGAAUUAUAAAAGGUAUAAGUGGUAAUAUGAAGGGCAGUUUGGGAGCCGAACAAGCCUGCUCUUGUUGGUGAGCUGAUCCAAAUGAUCCGGCUCCCUAAAAAGAGCCGAAAUUCCCAUCACUAGUUGUGUUGCCUCCCUAACCAAGUAGAUGUGGUGCCAAAACCCUAACCACACACAUCGGACUGAGCCAAUCAGAGGCCGAGUGGGGCAGGUCAAUUUCGCAGAGAGCGUGGGGUGCAGAGCGGGCUGACGUCUCCGGCUCCGCUGCAGAACGCGGUGGUUGCAACACCAAUACUUGCGCAUGCAGCGGCGACGCUCCUUCGCCAAUCCUCCGGAAUGUGCGCCUCGUCAUCUAAAAGAAACGCCUAUGCUAUUUAUUUGAAUGACUGUGUCCUUAUUUCUCAAAGUGGGCGUAACAAAGACACAGCCUCGAUGAAGAAAUGCCCUUCAUAUAGCGCAAUGACCAAGUGUGAUCGGGUCACUACCAGACGCGGAUGAUUUCAGAAGGGGAAGGUUGCGUUGCAGCUUCUGUAUUUCUACGUAAAGAGAAAGAUCGGUUGUCUUUUUCUAUUUGUCUUAUUUAGUCCGGGUUAUUUUCCCACCGGGGAGAAUAGCAGGUUGUGUUCGGACAGCAGGGCUGCUACAUGACCGAGCUGAGCCGAGGGCAGAAGGCACCACAGUGGGUGAAUGAGCGCAGGUGGAUGGCCAAUCUGACUGUCCCGCCGCCGUCCCUCUUUUCCGGUCUCGACAGUUCCCCCCUGUGUGGUUUCACGGAGCAGGACGGGCUUCGCCGUGAUCCGUGACCAGGUACAAGAACAUCCAUAAAUGCCCAACAUGCUUCCCGGAGUCGGCGUGUUCGGCACCAGCUUGACCGCGAGGGUAAUCAUCCCCCUGCUGAAGAACGAGGGCUUCGCCGUCAAGGCACUAUGGGGCCGCACUCAGGAGGAGGCGGAGGAGCUGGCCAAGGAAAUGAACGUUCCCUUCUACACGAACCGAAUCGAUGAUGUGUUGCUGCAUCAGGAUGUGGAUUUAGUAUGCAUCAAUCUCCCUCCGCCAUUGACGCGGCAGAUCGCUGUCAAAACGCUAGGCAUCGGUAAAAACGUCAUCUGCGACCGCACCGCCACUCCCCUGGACGCCUUCCGGAUGAUGUCGGCGGCCCAGUACUACCCCAAGCUGCUGAGCAUCAUGGGAAACGUGCUGCGCUUCCUGCCGGCCUUCGUGAGGAUGAAGGAGCUGGUGGAGGAGGGCUACAUCGGGGAGCUGCUGGUGUGCGAGGCCCAGGUGCACAGCGGCAGCCUGCUGGGCAAGAAGUACAACUGGAGCUGCGACGACCUGAUGGGCGGCGGCGGCCUGCACUCGGUGGGCAGCUACAUCAUCGACCUGCUCAGCUUCCUGACGGGCCGGCGCGCCGCCCGCGUCCACGGCUUCCUCAAGACCUUCGUCACGCAGACGGAGCACAUCCGGGGCAUCCGGCAGAUCACCAGCGACGACUUCUGCACCUUCCAGAUGGCGCUGGAGGGCGGGGCCUGCUGCACCGUCACGCUCAACUUCAACGUGCCCGGCGAGUUCCGCCAGGAGGUGGUGGUGGUGGGCACGGUGGGCCGGCUCACGGUCAGCGGCACCGACCUGUACGGCCAGAAGAACAGCGACGAGGGGGGGGGCGGCGGGGGGGGGCCCGAGCUGCUGCUGAAGGACACCACGCCGCUGGAGAAGUCCUCGCUGCCCGAGAAGGCCUUCAGCGACAUCCCCGCGCCCUUCCUCACCGGCACCAUCCGCAUGAUCCAGGCGGUGAGGCAGGCCUUCCAGGACCAGGACGACCGGCGCACGUGGGACGGCCGGCCGCUGACCAUGGCGGCCACCUUCGAGGACUGCCUGUACGCGCUGUGCGUGGUGGACACCAUCAAGAAGUCCAACGCGUGCGGGGAGUGGCAGAACAUCGUGGUGAUGAAGGAGGAGCCGGACAUCAGCCCCGCCUACCUGAUCAGCGAGGCCAUGCGGCGGAGUCGGAUGUCUCUCUACUGUUAGGCCACGCCCCCCCCCCUGUCCCCCGCCGUCCGUCCCCUAGCGACGCCGAUCUCGCCAAGAUUGCCGCCUGCUCUUUGCACUAUCACCGUGGACCUGGGUUGGAGGUCGCGGUACAUCAAGUUCUGAACAGCACUGAUAUGGUACGCCUACGAACCAGUUCCAAUCCUUUUGAAAUCCGUUGUGACAUUUGUCCUCGGCUCCAAAUCUGCAUCAUAUCUGUUACAGAGCCGAUUAAUCAGGAGCACAUAGGAAAGAACGAGCAGCCCUGCCCAGAGGGCUGACCCAACCACCACAGUGGUUUGUACAUAGAGGAACGGCAAUAAUGUAAUAGGUCAAACCUUUUAUUUAUGAAACUAUGAACAUUUCUUUCUCUGAGAGGACUAGAAGUCGCCCUACAAGCAGGAUAGGAGUUGGGUUUCCUUCCUGUGAUCGGUUUAUGCAUAUUGUGGCAAAUAGUUUACGUUGCUGCGACCUCGCAAACGGCCUCACAAAUACGGCCAAUUCAAACCGACCUGUCCAAGAAGGCUGUGUCCCGUGGAGCAUCCACGCUACCGUCCAUCUCCUUUAACAUGUGCAUGAGCCUUCGCACGUUUUCUAAAUGCGAGUGCAACGCGGCAAAUCAUUAGCCGCAACGUCCGCAGAGCAGUGGACCCCCGAGGAGGACCGUCCUGGAGAUGGCUUCACUGGGACCUGGCGUUGAUCUUCCUGUCAUCCUUAUCAUGAGCUCACGUGCAACGUGGAGUGGGCCUUGUGCAGGGUCCACCCUCAUUUGUAAAAGAGACUAAUGCCGCUUUUCCACCGCAUGGUACCAGCUCGACACGACUCGACUCGACUCGACUCAGCUCGCAUUUUUUGCGUUUCCACCGCGGAAACAUGGUAUCUGGUACCUGAAGUGGCUGCUUUUUCUAGUACCGCCUUGCUCUAGGUUCCAAGCGAGCUGAGCCGAUGCUAAAAGGUGACGUCGGCAGACGGCCGGCCACUGAUUGGCCAGAGAGUGUGACGAAGUCACGAGAGCGACAUGGCAACCAUGCUGGUAACAGCCAUAGCAGCGCCGCAGCCAACAUAUUCCACUUCUUCAACUUCUUCAACAUGCCAGCUAAUAAUACGAACACGAAUACCAUCGCAUCGAUGUCCUCCAUUGUUGUUAUGUGGGUUCUGUCCAUGUGUGGGUUACGUAGGUGUUGUUUGCGUCGCGUACAAAAAUACGUCACGGCCCUUUCGCGCAGCCGACCACGCCCACGUCCAGGAGGUACUAUUUGCGGUGGAAAAGGACCCGUGCUGCUACCGUGUCGAGUCGUGUCGUGUCGAGUCGUGUCGAGUCGAGCUACAUGUGCGGUGGAAAAUCGGCAUAAUACUACUACUACUACUACAACUAUUACUACUACUACUACUUGUACAACUGCUACAACUAUUACUACUACUUCUACCGCUACUAUUACUACUACUACUGCUACUACAACUAUUACUAUUACUUCUACGACUCCUACUACUAGUACUUCUAGUACUACUGCUACUGCUUUGACCAGGGCUGAAUUCAUGUUAAUUAAAACAAAUAGCUGACUACGGAAGUGACUAGUGACGUAACAAGCCUCUCCCGGCGGGUUUCCCCUGACUGAGACAGGAUGACUACACCUUACACUGUGGGUCUGUCCAAGGACCAGCCCAGAAGGAGCUGGAGCUCUUCAAUAUAACUGUGCCGCUUUAUAUCGGUAAUAAUAAUAAUGCUAUACGCCGGACAUGAUGCAAGUUUUACAAAAUGUGAAUGUGCAAAGGAGUCAAAUGCCUGAUUGCUUCGGUCUUUGUUUUCUGUCAGCCUUGUUGUUGCUCCUGUAUCUGUGAAUCCAUAGAAAGAGAGAAGGGGAAAAAAUCAAUAGUUUGGCUUUCAGAGGGAACUUUAGCUCCCCCUGAUGCAGGCGAUAGUAUGCAAUAUAAUACCUGAGGGCUCCCAACUAGUUUGUUCAUAAUAGUAUUGGAUCCACAUUAAGGAUAUGGAUCCUUUCCCUUCUCAUAAUUUGAGAGCUAAUAUGCUAACUAAGUAGCCUAUAUGCAUUCCGACUUUGCUGUGAAGCAAUGUUUAAACCGUUGACAGCCCAGCCUCAUGGUUAAUAAAUGCUAUCAUCAUCUGCGUAAUCUUCAAAGAUAAUGGAGCAUUUUCAUAAACACAAUCUGCCCCUCAUUCCUAUUAGCAUAUAUGAUGUUUGUUAACCAAAACAAUGUAUUGGCAUUCUCUGCCAAGUCUGCAUGCU